UACUUUCUCUUGAUUAUUUCUAUUUUCAUUGAAAAUUCAUUAUUUACUAUACAAAUCUUGUCAAUUUAGAUGCUGAGAAUGAUGCAUUAUCCAAUCUAGGACACUUUCUCUCAGUUUUUAAACAAAGAACAUAGGCCUGCAAUUUUGGGCAGAACGGAGGUGUGAAAAGGACUAACUUAAUAUGCCUUUCUAUCUCUCUUUACAGUAGUCUACAAACCUUGAAAGAAGUAGAAUGGAAUAAAAAUGAGAAGGACAGACCUAACUGCAGCGUAGCAUGUGCACGCUGCCUAAAUUUCUGUAUUCUUGUUGUCACUCUUUUUGCCUGGAACCUGUAAUCAUGCUUGUUUUGAUCUCACACAAGAUUCAGCAUCCAUUAUACUCCCCCUUCUUUCAGGAAACUAUUUCCCCUUAUAUACCAUUUUCAGAUUCUCUAUCCAUUGCCAAGUCCUAGUAUGCAUAUGAUGAUCCUGAAAUACACAACUAUGACAGUCGUUGUAACAUUUCAUACCCUUCUAUUUUUUGCGUUAUUGAUAAUUUUAUCAAUCGCUACUCUGUCUGCUUUUGCUCAUGUUAAAGCAGACAAUUUUGGUUUCACUGCUGAACUUAUUCGUCGGGAUUCACCAAAUUCUCCCUUCUACAAUGCUUUGGAAGCCGCUGCUACUCGCUCAACAAAUGCUUCGCAACAUUAUGAUGCUCGAAUCGGUCGCUUCAAUCUGAUGUCAGACUCUUACUAUGCAUCCCAAUCUGAAUUAAACUUUUCUAAGGGCAACUACCUCAUCAAGAUUUCAGUUGGUACACCACCGGCUGAAAUUCUAGCCCUUGCAGAUAUAACUGGUGAUCUGACAUGGCUACCGUGCAAAACGUGUCAAGAUUGCACUAAGGAUGGCUUUACCUUUUUCCCCUCGGAAUCCAGUACUUAUACAAGUGCUGCCUGCGAAUCAUAUCAGUGCCAGAUUACAAAUGGAGCAGUCUGCCAGACCAAAAUGUGCAUAUACCUAUGUGGUCCUCUUCCUCAACAGCGAUCUAGCUGUACAAAUAAAGGUUUAGUUGCCAUGGAUACAAUCAGCUUUCAUUCCAGCAGCGGUCAGGCUCUUUCCUAUCCUAACACUAAUUUUAUUUGUGGAACAUUCAUUGAUAAUUGGCAUUACAUUGGAGCUGGCAUUGUUGGUCUUGGUCGCGGUUUGUUUUCCAUGACAUCCCAAAUGAAGCAUCUGAUAAAUGGGACUUUUUCUCAAUGCCUGGUGCCGUAUUCUUCAAAACAAUCCAGCAAAAUAAACUUUGGUUUGAAAGGUGUGGUUUCAGGUGAAGGAGUAGUUUCUACACCUAUAGCAGACGAUGGCGAAUCGGGCGCUUAUUUCCUUUUUCUAGAAGCAAUGAGUGUAGGAGGCAACAGAGUAGCAAAUAAUUUCUAUUCUGCACCAAAGUCUAACAUUUAUAUAGAUUGGAGGACUACUUUUACAUCCUUGCCACAUGAUUUCUAUGAGAAUGUAGAAGCAGAAGUUAGAAAGGCUAUAAACCUGACACCAAUAAAUUAUAACAACGAAAGAAAGCUGUCACUUUGCUACAAGUCAGAAUCUGAUCACGAUUUCGAUGCUCCUCCUAUCACAAUGCAUUUUACCAAUGCAGAUGUGCAAUUAAGUCCUUUGAACACCUUCGUGAGAAUGGAUUGGAACGUCGUUUGCUUUGCUUUUCUUGAUGGUACUUUCAAUGCUACUAAACGAAUCACCCAUGCUGUCUAUGGAAGCUGGCAACAGAUGAACUUCAUAGUAGGUUAUGACCUCAAGUCAAGCACUGUAUCUUUCAAGCAAGCUGACUGCACCCUGUAUUAAUUAGUUUCUACUUUCUAUGUACAAUUUUUCCUUAAACCCAUUUCUUUUCGAACA